CUGACCCGCAGUUGGACCGGUUCAAGGAGCCCCCGGCGUUCGGUCCCAUGUGUGACCUGCUCUGGUCGGACCCGCUGGAAGAUUUCGGCAACGAGCGUAACGCCGAGCACUUCACACACAACAGUGUGCGCGGCUGCUCCUACUUCUACAGCUACGCCGCGUGCUGCGACUUCCUCCAGCAGAACAACUUGUUGUCCAUCAUCCGGGCGCACGAAGCACAGGACGCUGGGUACCGAAUGUACCGGAAGAGCCAGACGACCGGCUUCCCGUCUCUGAUCACCAUCUUCUCGGCACCAAACUACCUGGACGUCUACAACAACAAGGCGGCGGUGUUAAAGUACGAGAACAAUGUGAUGAACAUUCGCCAGUUCAACUGCUCGCCACAUCCGUACUGGCUGCCCAACUUCAUGGAUGUGUUCACGUGGUCACUGCCGUUCGUCGGCGAAAAAGUAACGGAGAUGCUGGUCAACCUGCUGAACAUCUGUUCAGAUGACGAGCUGAUGACUGAUGGCGAAGAGACCUUCGAGGACGACAAAUUAUACGCGGAGCGACUUGUAGCCAGUCUCUCCGGGACAGAGGUGCCCGCUGACCAGGAGCGAGCAGCCGCACUGAGAAAGGAGGUGAUCCGCAACAAGAUUCGCGCCAUCGGCAAAAUGGCGCGCGUCUUCUCCGUGCUCAGAGAGGAGAACGAGUCGGUGCUCCAGCUGAAGGGCCUCACGCCGACCGGCGCCCUGCCUCUGGGCGCUCUCUCCGGAGGAAAAGUCACCCUCCGCAGCGCCCUACAAGGCUUCUCACCCAACCACAAGAUCGCCUCCUUCGAGGAGGCUAAGGGUCUGGACGCGAUGAACGAGAGGAUGCCGCCUCGUCGGGACGCCAGCCCGCAGUCGCCGGCAGGCAGGGAGACGGCGCCCGCCAACAACCACUCGUGAAUGACGCGCCACCCGCGAAGUGAGUUGUGACACGUGGCGCCGCCCUGGCGGCGACUGCACUCACCUCGGUUUGGCGCGCGGCCACCAGGUGUCACUCCGGUCGGCCCAGUGAGCCCCGGAGCGGACAAGCUCCCGUCCCGCCCUCCCCCGUCCCCUCCCCACUCCCCCACUCCCCUGACCAGCCAGCCGGAUCUAGCAGUGUGCUCCCCCCUCCCCCCGGUCCCCCUGAGCCCGCCUGCCUUUUCAGUGUUGCGCGGUCCUUACAUUCACAUUCAGUGAUGUGCUUGGUCGUUAACAGAUUCGUGAAAAUGCGCGAGUGUGAGUGAGAGAUGGUCGACGAGUGGCGAACACGAUGUUCUCCAUGUGGUGGUGCGCUGGGUGUGGAGGGCUCGAGUUAUCAAUGUAGAAAUCUCGCCUCUCUCUCUAUCUCUCUGCGAUUCGUAUUGGUGGUACCGGGCGGCCGGCGCCGAUGCCAGUGCCAUCUCGCGUGUGAUUGUGAAGUUUGUAAUUACUGGAUGCGCCGGCGCGAGCGCCACCGUUUCUAUCGUUAAUUUGAUUGGGUGAUACAUACGUAUAUUAUAGUGAGCUGUAUGUGCGUACCUGUAUAUUAUUACCUUCUGCCGGUCGCUACCGCUGCUGCUGCUGCCAUCUCGUGAGCGGCUAGCGAAGUUUUACUACGCGUGUCGCCCGCCGGGCGGCGCUGGCUCCGCCAGGCGAGACAGCUUCUCAGGCAGGGCGCCGCCAGCCACUCUGUACAUAAUACAAUCAACCGCCCAGAUUCUCUGUAUCUCGCUCUGUCUCGCUCUCUCUCUCUCUCACUCUCUCUCUCUCUUUCGAUCUAUCUACCGGUGACCCGUUGAGGGUAACCCCGCGUAUCGUGUGCGUUGUUGAUCGGCCGCGCAUGCGCGCUGACGUUGGCGCGCGCAGCCGUUUGAUUUUUCGGCGCGUCGCCAGUGCCGGCCGGCCGCGGUCUGGUAGUAUGAUUUGUCGCAAUAUUAUUUACGCCGCGGGGUGCAAGUGCCGAGGCCAUUUUCACAGUUGGUACUGUUGGUGACAUUGUAACAACGCGCGCGCGCGCGCAACCGCUGGUGACGCCAGUUUGCGAAACGCCUCAAUGUUCCCGCUGAUUUUUCGCGCGAAACUCCCCAGAUCUGGCGACUUUGGCGGGUAUCCUUGCGAGGCCGCUCAUUUUCGCGCGAAAUUCCCAGGAUCUAGCGACUUGGCAGCGGCUGCCUCCGCGUCACAGUGGUGGCUUUGCCAAUUGCGGCUAGAAUUCGCUUUUUGUUCAAUUCCAUAUUAUAAAUGUUGUUGUUUCAAUAUUACAGGUUUCAAUAAAGACCGGAUGGUU